CAAACAGAAACAGUCUAGGAUGCUUUGAGUGUUUUGUUGUUUGUUCCAAACAGUCAGUUUACCAUUAGUCGUCAAUGUACUGCUUCGAUUUGAGACAACAAGACUAACUUUAACACUAUUCAACUGGACGUUUUAUUACAAAUAACCAACAUUUUCUUCGUUCAAUCCGGCACGACGCUUGCUAACAUUAGCCUACCAUUUGCAGCAGAUUUGCUAGCGAGAUUUAGUUUGUGUUAGCGUUCUUCCAGCUAGUCUCAUAUUUACUUCUUUUCUCUUGAAAGAUACCCUAACCUGGAAAUAAUGGCUGUUGUCAACGAAGGCGCCCUAAAGAAAAUGCUGAAGCAAUACAAAUACAGGGACCUGACUGUUCGUGAAAUCACUAAUGUCAUCUCUCAGUACAAAGACUUGAAGCCCGUAAUGGAUGGCUAUGUGUUCAACGAUGGCUCUACAAGGGAGCUGAUGAGUUUAACAGGAACAGUCCCUGUAAGCUACAGAGGCAACGUCUACAACAUCCCAGUGUGUCUUUGGUUGCUGGACACGUACCCGUUUAACCCACCAAUUUGUUUUGUUAAACCUACCAACACCAUGAUGAUCAAAACUGGUAAACAUAUCGAUGCCAAUGGAAAAAUCUACCUACCCUAUCUACAUGAGUGGAAGCAUCCUCAGUCAGAACUCUAUGGUCUCAUUCAGGUGAUGAUUGUGGUUUUCGGAGAGGAGCCGCCAGUGUUUUCUCGCCCUACCACACAAGCCCCUUACCAAGCUUUCCAAGCUGCUGGACCUCCUAAUGCUUCUUACGUACCUGCCAUGCCUGCAGUUUCACCUUAUGGGCCAAGUCCUAAUGCAGGAGGCUAUCCAGGUUACCAGUAUCCAGGUGGAAACUCUUACCCAGCUACUUCUGGUCCAACACACUACCCCACCCAGAGUCCCGUGUCCACAGUGGGCUCCAAUAGAGAUGGCACCAUUGGCGAGGACACGAUCCGUGCGUCGCUGAUCUCAGCUGUUAGUGACAAGCUUCGCUGGAGGAUGAAGGAGGAAAUGGACAGGGCUCAGGCUGAGUUGGAUGCCCUCAAGCGAACAGAAGAAGACCUCAAGAAGGGCCAUCAGAAACUUGAGGACAUGAUCUCAAGAUUGGACCAGGAAGUGGGCGAUGUGGACAGGAAGAUCGAGUUGCUAAAGCGCAAUGACGAGGAGCUGAGCGAGGCCCUGGAGAAGAUGGAGAACCAGUCGGAGAACAAUGACAUUGACAAUAUCAUUGUGCCGACGGCUCCCCUGUACAAACAGAUCCUGAAUCUGUACGCUGAGGAAAAUGCCAUUGAGGACACCAUCUUCUACCUGGGAGAGGCCCUCCGCAGGGGGGUCAUAGAUCUGGAGGUUUUUCUCAAGCACGUACGCCUUCUGUCCAGAAAGCAGUUUCAGCUCCGUGCCCUCAUGCAGAAAGCCCGUAAGACCGCCGGCCUCAGCGACCUCUACUAAGCGUCACUAACAGAAAGCAGACAUAUUUUCAAGCCCUCUGGUUCUCUUUCUUCUCCCUGUGUUGUAUCCCAUCUUUACUUGUGACCUGCAUCAAACCAAAUGCUUCAGAGAUUUUCCGAGCACAUGCACACACGUCACCAUUAUGUGUGCUGUGGCUAUCUAUUAGCCAGGCUGCCUUGUUUGUUGAGUAAGCACAAAAUGUCGUGAGCUCGUGGUUAAGAGACACCCUACAUCAUGAAAAGGUUAAGCUCUGCUAUAAAUACCCAAAGUGGUUAACCUUAAGAAGACCCUUGAUUUAGUGCUGCAUGCAGCCUGAACCACAUUGAGAAAUAUUCUUUUUUAAUUAUGGCUAUAUUUUAAUCCAUGAAACUGUUGUUUUUCAUUGUCAUGUUUGGACUCUGCCCACUUUCAUUGUACAUGUCAGCUGCUCAGGUUAGCCCUCCAGUUUGACUGUUUGGCUGCAUUAACAAAUCAUGUACAGUAGCUCUUCUACCCUGUGCAGUCUCUCUUGAUGACAUUUUUACCAAGGUAUUUUCAUUUUUGCUGUCUACUUUGUGAUUUCUGGUGAGAAGUUCGUUCUUUGUAUAAACCUUUCUUGUAAAAGUUUUUGAGUGUUAUAGGGUACAAAAGAUACUAAUCAAAUGUUAAGUUAUGACAACACCAUAUAAUUUAGCCUUCUACUAAAUGCACUUUGAAAUGUAUCAUAUAUCUGCUGAUAUUUUUGGUUUCCAAUUAAACCCUGGCUCAUCUUUUGUAUCUGUAGAUUUAUGUAAAUCUGUUCAAAUAAUUAAAAAAAAUUGAUUUGAUGGCUUAA